GGGUGCGCCCCCGACUAGAGUCGGGGGUGUUACGAGGAGGCUGCGCGGGGCGCUCGGCUCGCUCCUGGUUCGCAGCCCAGGCCCGGCAGAGUCCUGCUAGCCCAAGAGCUGAGCUGCACCCGGGUCUGGGGACGCCGGAGGGGAGCUGCGCGUUGCCCCGAGCAGCUGACAGCGCCAGAGCUUAUUUGUGUGGCUCAGAAAUCAGCUCGGACCUGGGGGGAUCAUGUCCGGCACCAAUAGCCCCGAGGCGGUGAAGAAGCUGCUGGAGAAUAUGCAGAGCGACUUGCGGGCCUUGUCACUGGAGUGCAAGAAGAAAUUCCCACCUGUCAAAGAGGCUGCUGAAUCAGGAAUAAUAAAAGUUAAAACAAUAGCUGCAAGAAACACCGAAAUUUUGGCAGCAUUGAAGGAAAACAGCUCAGAGGUUGUACAGCCUUUCCUAAUGGGUUGUGGAACCAAGGAACCGAAGAUCACUCAGCUAUGUUUGGCCGCCAUCCAGAGACUCAUGUCACAUGAAGUUGUAUCUGAGACUGCUGCUGGGAAUAUAAUUAAUAUGCUUUGGCAGCUAAUGGAAAAUAAUCUUGAAGAACUUAAGCUACUUCAAACAGUUCUGGUGCUUUUAACAACCAAUACCGUAGUUCAUGAUGAGGCACUUUCUAAGGCAAUCGUCCUUUGUUUUCGACUACACUUCACAAAAGAUAAUAUUACAAAUAAUACAGCUGCUGCUACAGUGAGACAAGUUGUUACUGUUGUUUUUGAGAGAAUGGUUGCUGAAGAUGAACUCCACAAAGAUAACAUAGAGCAACCAGUACUGGUCCAAGGCAAUAGUAACAGGAGAUCGGUCAGUACCCUCAAACCAUGUGCUAAAGAUGCAUAUAUGCUCUUCCAGGACCUUUGUCAGUUGGUUAAUGCCGAUGCUCCUUACUGGCUAGUGGGCAUGACGGAAAUGACUCGGACAUUUGGCCUCGAAUUGCUUGAGUCAGUCCUCAAUGAUUUUCCACAAGUCUUUUUACAUCACCAGGAAUUUAGCUUCCUCCUCAAAGAAAGGGUGUGUCCUCUUGUGAUAAAGCUCUUUUCUCCAAAUAUAAAGUUCAGACAAGGUUCCAGUACUUCAUCUUCCCCAGCACCCGUGGAAAAACCAUAUUUUCCUAUCUGCAUGCGUUUGCUGAGAGUAGUAUCUGUUCUGAUUAAGCAGUUUUACAGUCUUUUGGUAACUGAAUGUGAGAUAUUUCUGUCACUUCUGGUAAAGUUUCUGGAUGCAGAUAAACCACAGUGGCUACGAGCUGUUGCUGUAGAAUCAAUACACAGACUCUGUGUGCAGCCUCAGCUGUUAAGGUCAUUUUGUCAGUCCUAUGAUAUGAAACAGCAUUCUACCAAGGUUUUUCGUGAUAUUGUGAAUGCACUUGGAUCUUUUAUCCAGUCCUUGUUUCUUGUCCCUCCUACUGGAAAUCCAGCCAUAACCAAUCAAGCUGGAAACAAUAAUUCUGGUGGCCCAGUCUCAGCACCAGCUAACUCAGGAAUGGUGGGGAUUGGUGGAGGUGUUACUCUGCUACCAGCCUUUGAAUAUAGAGGAACUUGGAUACCUAUUCUGACUAUAACAGUUCAAGGCAGUGCUAAAGCCACCUACUUAGAGAUGUUGGACAAAGUUGAGCCCCCAACUAUACCAGAAGGCUAUGCCAUGUCUGUGGCAUUCCAUUGUUUGCUGGAUCUUGUCCGUGGAAUCACUAGUAUGAUUGAAGGAGAAUUGGGAGAGGUUGAAACAGAUUGUCAUUCUACCACUGAAGCAGGUUCUUCACCAACACAGUCAUCAGAACAGCAAGAUUUACAGUCAGCAUCAGACCAAACGGAGAAGGAAAUAGUUAGUAGAGCUGUUUGGGAAGAAAUGGUGAAUGCUUGCUGGUGUGGUCUUCUUGCUGCACUCUCACUCCUCCUUGAUGCCAGCACAGAUGAAGCUGCCACUGAGAAUAUUUUAAAAGCUGAACUGACCAUGGCUGCUCUUUGUGGAAGACUGGGUCUUGUAACUUCAAGAGAUGCCUUUAUAACUGCAAUAUGUAAAGGUUCCUUACCUCCACAUUAUGCUCUUACUGUAUUGAAUACCACCACCGCAGCUUCACUUUCUAAUAAAUCAUAUUCUAUUCAGGGCCAAAGUGUUAUGAUGAUCAGUCCAUCAAGUGAGUCUCACCAGCAAGUUGUGGCAGUGGGUCAACCUCUAGCAGUCCAGCCUCAAGGGACAGUAAUGCUCACUUCCAAAAAUAUCCAGUGUAUGAGGACUCUACUUAAUUUGGCCCAUUGCCAUGGGGCUGUCCUUGGAACAUCAUGGCAGCUUGUCUUGGCAACUCUUCAGCAUCUUGUAUGGAUUCUGGGAUUAAAGCCUAGUAGUGGUGGUGCCUUGAAACCUGGAAGAGCUGUGGAAGGACCCAGUACAGUUCUAACAACAGCAGUGAUGACAGAUUUACCAGUGAUUUCCAAUAUACUUUCCAGACUGUUUGAAAGCUCACAGUAUCUUGAUGAUGUAUCAUUGCAUCAUUUAAUAAACGCACUUUGUUCCUUAUCUCUAGAAGCAAUGGAGAUGGCCUAUGGAAAUAAUAAGGAACCAUCUCUUUUUGCUGUUGCCAAAUUGUUAGAAACUGGCCUAGUUAAUAUGCACCGAAUAGAAAUUUUAUGGCGCCCUCUAACUGGCCAUUUACUUGAGAAGGUCUGCCAACAUCCAAACUCUCGAAUGAGAGAAUGGGGAGCAGAAGCUUUAACUUCACUUAUUAAAGCAGGAUUAACAUUUAACCAUGAGCCUCCACUUUCACAAAACCAGAGGCUGCAGUUGCUUUUAUUGAACCCUUUAAAGGAGAUGUCCAAUAUUAACCAUCCAGAUAUACGACUCAAACAAUUAGAAUGUGUGCUGCAGAUUCUGCAGAGUCAGGGAGACAGUCUUGGGCCUGGGUGGCCCUUAGUUCUUGGAGUCAUGGGAGCAAUCAGAAAUGAUCAAGGAGAAUCCUUGAUACGAACUGCAUUCCAGUGUCUUCAGUUGGUUGUUACAGAUUUUCUACCAACAAUGCCUUGCACUUGCCUGCAGAUAGUUGUAGAUGUUGCAGGGAGCUUUGGACUUCAUAACCAAGAACUUAAUAUUAGUUUAACUUCAAUAGGUUUAUUAUGGAAUAUUUCAGAUUAUUUUUUCCAAAGAGGGGAAACUAUUGAAAAAGAAUUAAAUAAAGAAGAGGCAGCACAGCAAAAGCAGGCAGAAGAGAAAGGAGUGGUUUUAAAUCGGCCGUUCCACCCUGCACCACCAUUUGAUUGCUUGUGGUUAUGCCUUUAUGCAAAAUUGGGUGAACUGUGUGUGGACCCCCGCCCUGCUGUCAGGAAGAGUGCAGGACAAACUCUGUUUUCUACAAUUGGUGCACAUGGAACUUUAUUACAACAUUCAACCUGGCACACUGUUGUUUGGAAGGUACUGUUUCAUUUACUGGACCGAGUUCGAGAAUCUUCUACCACUGCAGAUAAAGAAAAGAUUGAAUCUGGAGGUGGCAAUAUUCUUAUUCAUCACUCAAGGGAUACAGCAGAGAAGCAGUGGGCUGAGACAUGGGUAUUAACUUUGGCUGGUGUAGCCAGAAUCUUCAACACUAGAAGAUACUUAUUGCAACCUUUAGGAGAUUUUUCAAGAGCUUGGGAUGUUCUUCUUGACCAUAUACAAUCAGCAGCACUCAGCAAAAACAAUGAAGUAUCUCUGGCUGCUCUGAAAAGCUUUCAAGAAAUUUUACAGAUUGUGUCCCCUGUCAGAGACUCAGAUAAGCCUGAAACGCCUCCUGUAGUUAAUGUGCCUGUGCCUGUCCUUAUAGGGUCCAUAUCAGGCCCUGGCCUGAGCAGGCCAUUUGUAAGAACAGAUUCCAUUGGAGAAAGACUGGGGAGAUGCAGUAGCUCUGAGCUACCCAUAGUUACUGAUGAGCUUGAAGAUUUGAAUCUCUGGUGGGCUGUGUGGAAUACCUGGUAUAGAAUUGGAUCUGAAAGCACUAAACCUCCUAUUACUUUUGAUAAACUAACUUUUAUUCCCAGCCAGCCUUUUCUGACAGCUUUAAUUCAGAUAUUUCCAGCUCUGUACCAACACAUAAAGACUGGUUUCAACAUGGAUGAUUUGCAAAAGUUGGGGGUCAUAUUGCACAGUGCUGUUUCAGUUCCAAUAAGUUCAGAUGCAUCCCCUUUCAUUCUUCCAUCUUAUACUGAAGCAGUUCUGACAAGUUUACAGGAAGCUGUACUUACAGCUUUAGAUGUUCUCCAAAAGGCCAUCUGUGUAGGACCAGAAAACAUGCAGAUAAUGUAUCCAGCUAUAUUUGACCAGUUAUUGGCAUUUGUAGAAUUUUCCUGUAAACCUCCACAGUAUGGACAACUAGAAACAAAGCACAUUGCAAAUGCAAAAUACAAUCAGAUCCAACUAUUUGCACCGGCAGAAUGGGUAGCCUUGAAUUAUGUACCAUUUGCUGAAAAGUCUUUAGAAGUAGUUGUGGAUUUAUACCAAAAAACGGCCUGUCAUAAAGCAGUGGUGAAUGAGAAAGUUCUCCAGAAUAUUAUUAAGACUCUUAGAGUUCCUCUCAGUUUGAAGUAUUCCUGCCCUUCUGAAAGUACAUGGAAACUAGCAGUGUCUUCUCUCCUCAAAGUUCUUUCUAUUGGGCUACCUGUUGCUCGGCAGCAUGCUUCUUCUGGAAAAUUUGACAGUAUGUGGCCAGAACUAGCCAACACUUUUGAAGACUUUCUCUUUACCAAAAGCAUACCUCCUGAUAAUCUCUCUAUUCAAGAAUUUCAAAGAAAUGAAAGUAUUGAUGUUGAGGUAGUUCAGCUGAUCAGCACUGAGAUACUACCUUAUGCCAAUUUUAUUCCUAAGGAAUUUGUUGGUCAGAUAAUGACAAUGCUUAACAAAGGCUCAAUACAUUCUCAGUCCUCUUCAUUUACAGAAGCAGAGAUUGAUAUUCGUUUGAGAGAAGAAUUUUCUAAAAUGUGUUUUGAAACAUUACUUCAGUUUUCCUUCAGUAAUAAGGUCACAACACCUCAAGAAGGCUACAUCUCACGAAUGGCACUCUCAGUGCUUCUAAAGAGAUCUCAGGAUGUUUUACAUCGCUAUAUAGAGGAUGAAAGAUUAAGUGGUAAAUGCCCUCUUCCAAGGCAACAAGUAACAGAAAUCAUAUUUGUUUUAAAAGCAGUGAGCACUCUCAUUGAUUCACUUAAGAAAACUCAGCCAGAGAAUGUUGAUGGGAAUACCUGGGCACAAGUAAUUGCCUUAUACCCAACUUUAGUAGAAUGUAUCACCUGCUCAUCUUCGGAAGUCUGUUCUGCACUUAAAGAGGCACUGGUUCCCUUUAAGGAUUUCAUGCAUCCACCAGCAUCCAAAGUUCAAAAUGGAGAAUCUUGAUCAUCUGCAGUAUAUUUGAAGGAAGAAAGAUACCCUUAUGAUAUUCUCCUGAGUCUUCUAUAAGAAGGACAUUUCAUACUACAAAAAAUUCUUGGCAGCUGUUGUUUGCCACCUUUUAAUUGUCAUUACCUGGGUUCAGUAAUUCAUAUUAUAAGCUUACACAGCAACAAAGGCUUCCGAAUGAGUAGCCCUGUGAGCCUUUCAUAAGUUAAACUGGUGGGAGGGAAAGUUAAUACCACAAAAUAGCUGCUACCAUAUCUUUUAAUUGGUGAUUCAAAAGUGAGCUUAUGUACAGUUUGUGGUGUAUGUGUUAAUGAUGUACUUUUUAAAAUGAAAGAAAAGAUAUUUCAAUUCAGAUUUAUUAGGCUGGUAUUUUUGCACGCUUUUUCAAGUGCAAAAUUGUACUAAAAUUUUAUGCAAGAUGGUACUGUAACAUUCCAUAUUAUUUACAACCAGCCUUUCUAAACAAAGGGAACUGAUAUAACUGUGUGUAUAAUAAAUAGUACAGUUCUAUAUAAAAUAGUUGCAUUUAUUGUUUAAAUUUUUUAAAUAUUGAUAAUGUUAAAUGCUUGAAGCUGUAUUUAUUAAUACAAAAUUGUUUGCUUACAUUUUUACUUCUAAUUUGUCUUCUUAUGUGCAGGCAGGCUUUACCUUGUCAUCAGUUAGCUUCAUGCUUAUUUUAAAUGUAUUAUCAAUGAUCAUUAAACAUUUGACCAGAAAGGUCAUGUGAACACAGCAGUAAAUAGUUUAUGAUUUGCUGAUUUUGCAGCUUUGGAAUAUAAGUUACUGAUUUGAUUCAUUAAGAUAUAUUGUAGCACUGACUCCAUCAUACCUCAUUUCUUUAAAUAUCUCUUUAAGCUUUCCCUUGUCUGUUUUUAUAUUUGCUGUCUGAAUUUUAAAGACUUUUUGUAUUUUAUAUCUUGUACUGCUUUUUUCUUGUGACUAACAUUUGUCAUUGUCUUUGAAUUGCAACCCAGGCAAAAUGAUUUCAGGUGUCCUAAAAUUUUGCCUGUGAGGUUUUGUUGAUUUAUGUGCUUUAUGUUGUAAUGUCUUCUCAAGAAGAAAAAUAACUACACUCUCCUACAAGUAUAAAAUGUGUGUGUGUGUGUGUGUGUACACAUGGAUGUAUAUUAAAAAAACAGUGACAGGUAUACUUUUGGAGAAACUGAAGCAUUUAGAAGUGUAGUAACUAAUGGAAUUAUGGAGUCAAAUGCUAAUUUUGUUUCACUUUCCUAUUCAAGUGGAGAAGAAAAAGUGCUCUUGAGUGUAUUAACUUGCUUCUUUAAAAAAACUGAUGUUGACCUAGCUCACUAUAUUUUCAAUUUAAUGGACUAUGCUAUUAUAUUUUUCUUCUCAGUUAAAUUUUCAUAAUCACUUACGUGAAGACAAGAUGCUUAAAAUAUUGAUUUUUUU